AUGUCACGAGAAGCAAAGAAACCAAAAUUUUACAGUCGAACAACGCCAUUGACUCCGGGGGAUCAAGUUGUAAUAAGCGGAAUUUCAGGUCGUUAUCCAAAUUCUUAUAACAUUAAAGAGUUCGCACAUCGAUUGUACAAUAAAAUCGACUGUAUCGAUGAUGCAGAAACGCGUUGGUUGCAUAAAAAUGCCGAAAUUCCCAAACGGAUGGGAAAAAUUGAUGGUUUGGAGAAGUUUGAUGCGAACUUUUUUGGAGUUCAUUUCAAACAAGCCCAUUGCAUGGAUCCCCAAUGUCGUGUUUUAGUUGAAAUGGCUUAUCAAGCAGUUCUUGAUGCAGGAAUUAAUCCACAAACGAUCCGAGGAAGUCGCACAGGAGUCUUUAUGGGUGCUUGUUUUGCUGAAUCUGAGAAAACUUGGUUUUAUGAGAAGGUAUCUGCGGGAGGUUAUGGUAUUACGGGAUGUAGUCGUGCUAUGUUAGCGAAUCGUAUUUCAUUUACAAUGGAUUUGGAAGGUCCGAGUUUUUUAACUGAUACUGCCUGUUCGAGCAGUAUGUAUGCAUUGGAUUGUGCAUUUUCAGCCCUCAUGAGCGGAGAAUGCGACGCAGCUUUGGUUGGCGGAGCGAAUUUAUUGUUGCAUCCUUAUGUAACUUUGCAAUUUGCUCGUCUUGGGGUUUUAGCUCCUGAUGGUUAUUGUCGCGCUUUUGACGCCGAUGCAAGCGGAUAUACACGAUCUGAGGCUAUUUCUGUCAUUUUCUUGCAAAAAGCGAAAGAUGCAAAACGGGUUUAUGGUUCAUUACUUUACUCAAAGGCAAAUAAUGAUGGUUAUAAGGAAGAGGGAAUUACUUAUCCAGCGGGAAAAAUGCAACAAAAACUUUUGAAUGAGUUUUACGAUGAUUUGGGAGUCGAUCCGUCGACUGUAGAUUACGUCGAAGCUCAUUGCACGGGCACAAAAGCAGGCGAUCCCGAAGAAUGUGACGCUUUAGACAAAGUUUUCUGUGUUGGAAGGAAAGAACCGUUGCUUGUUGGUUCAGUUAAGUCGAAUAUGGGACACAGCGAAUCAACAUCGGGCGUUUGUUCGAUCACGAAAUGCAUUUUAGCGAUGGAAACGGAGCUCAUUCCGCCAAAUAUCCAUUUUAAACGCAUUCGCCCGGGCAUUACAGCACUCGAGGAAGGAAGAUUAAAGGUUGUCGAUGAAGUAACUCCGCUUCCGGGCGAUUUAAUUGCCGUUAAUUCAUUCGGUUUUGGAGGCGGAAAUGCUCAUGCCUUGUUACGAGCAAAUCCGAAACGUAAAAUAAAUCACGGAGCUCCGUUGGAUGAUCUUCCGCGACUUAUUGUAUGGUCUGGUAGAACAGAAGAUGCAGUUAAUACGGUAUUAGAUGAUUUUGAAACGAGACCUUUGGAUGCGGAAUAUUGUGCAUUAAUUCAUAGCACACAAUCUUCUUCAGUUCCUGCUUUGGUAUGGAAAGGAUAUGGACUUUAUUCGCAUAAAGAAGGCGAAAAUGCGCUUCGUUUGUCACGUGAAGUGCAAUAUCAUAGCGGAUUAAAACGCCCAAUUGUCUUUAUCUUCUCGGGGAUGGGAAGUCAAUGGAUUGGAAUGGGUACAGAUCUUAUGAGAAUCCCAAUUUUCCGUAAAGCGAUCGAUUUGUGUCAAAAAGUACUCGAACCAAAGGGAUUGGAUGUCAUUAAAAUCAUUACAUCGACUGAUCCAAGCACUUUUGAUAACAUUUUACAUUCGUUUGUGGGAAUUGCCGCCAUUCAAAUUGGGCUUGUUGACAUCCUGAAUGCUUUGAACAUCGUUCCUGAUUAUAUUAUUGGUCACAGUGUUGGAGAAUUGGGAUGCGGAUAUGCUGAUGGAUGUUUUACGGCUGAACAAAUGAUUUUGAGUGCUUAUUCUCGCGGUAUGGCAAGUAUCGAGUCGAAUGUUAUUCAUGGAACAAUGGCAGCAGUUGCUUUGGGUUAUAAAAAAAUCGUUAAAAUGCUUCCGCCGGGCAUUGAAGUUGCUUGUCACAACAGUUCGACAUCUUGUACACUUUCGGGACCCACAGAUUUGAUCGUAAAUUACGUGAAACAACUCACAGAUCAGAAAAUCUUCGCUCGUACAGUUCAAACAUCGAAUAUUCCGUAUCACAGCAGUUACAUAAAGGAAAUGGGACCAAAAUUACUUGCUCGCUUAAACGAAGUUAUUCCAAAUCCGAAGAAACGUUCGGCGAAAUGGUUAAGUAGCAGUGUUCCAAAAUCACAAUGGGACAAAGUAGAAAGUCAAUAUUGUUCGGCGGAAUAUCACACGAACAAUUUGUUGAGUCACGUGUUGUUUGAAGAAACUUCAGCACUUUUGCCAAGUAAUGCAUUGACCAUUGAAAUUGCUCCGCACGGAUUGAUGCAAGCGAUUUUGAAGAGAUCGAUGCCAACGGGAGUUCAUGUCGGCUUAACGCAACGAGGAAGUGAAGAAAAUACGAAAUAUUUCAUAAAUGCUCUUGGAAAAUUGUUUAUAAAUGGCAUCGACUUACCUUUGGAGAAGUUAUAUCCAGCAAUUGAAUAUCCAGUUUCGAGAGGAACGCCCAUGAUUUCGCAUUUGAUCAAAUGGGAUCAUUCGGAAGAUUGGUUUGUGACGAGAUAUGAUACUGUGAAACGUCAUAUUAGCGGAGAAAAGGUGUUUAGAGUCUCGUUACAGGAUCAGGAUUAUUUUUAUAUCUCAGGACAUUGCAUUGAUUCGAGAGUUUUGUUCCCUGCAACAGCGUAUUUGUUCUUAGUUUGGGACACUUUAGCAAUGAUGACAAAACGUUGGUAUGUCGAAGUCGAAGUUGAAUUCAGCGACGUGAAAUUCCUUCGUGCUACAAAUAUGUCAAACGACGAUAUUGACUUUAUCGUAAUGAUUCAACAUGGCACAGGUCGUUUCGAAAUUGCCGAAGGAAAAACUGCUCUCGUCACGGGUUACAUUCGCGAAGUAAAUAAUCCAAAAUUGGCUGAAAUUGAACCCGAAAUUGAUUCGACUUAUCCCGUUAUGCCAACAAGAGACUUUUACAAAGAACUCCGUUUACGAGGAUAUCAUUACAAAGAUCUCUUUAGACAAGUAAUUGAGGCACGAGGCGAUGGAUCUGGCGGAAAAGUGAAAUGGGAAGAUAAUUGGGUUGCUUUCAUGGAUUGUUUGUUGCAAAUUAGUAUCGUUGGAAAGGAUUCGCGUGCUUUGAUGUUGCCAACGGGAAUCGAAAGGAUGACAAUUAGCAACAAAAUUCACAAUCAAAUGUUGAAGGAAAUGGAUUUGGAGAAUGCUGUGUUCGAAAUUCAAAGUUCAAAGAGUUUGAACAUUGUUCGAAGCGGCGGCGUUGAAAUUAAAGGAAUUCAAGUCAUGCCUGUUUCGAGAAGACGACCUCCGGGAGAUCCAGUUUUAGAGAGAUAUGUCUUCAUGCCUCACUUACCAAGCCCAAAAUUGACAAAAGAAAAUGCCAUGAGAGUAAUUGUUCAACUUGGGUUAGAAAAUUCUCAAAUGACAACCGUUGUGAAGGCUGUCGAAGUCGAUGGCGGUGAAAAUUUCAAUCCCGUAAUUGAUGAAAUGUUCUUCGCAUUGGGAGAUUUGCCUCUAAUGACGCCAGAUUUGACAUUCUUAACAUCUCGAACACCCGAAAUUAACAACAUCAAAAUCGAAAAUGCUGAAAUUUCGUCGCAAUCAGGUUUAAUGUUCGCAAUUGUCACAAAUCUCUUACGAAACGAAGAAAAACUGAAUGUCAUCAAGAAAAGUUUGUCUGAAAAAGGUUUCAUUUUGUGUCGUGAAACGUCUCGUGUUCAAAUUUCUGACUUACCAAAGUUCAAGGAAUUCCAAAUUUUAUCCGUUAUUCCUUUGGAUGAUCAAACGUACGUUUUAUUGCAAGUCAAACCAAAAGUAGCUGAAAGUCAAGCGUCAAUUGUAAAAGUUUCAAGUCAAGAUACCGAAUAUUUGUGGGUAGGGGAAUUACAAAAUCUUAUGAGCAAAAACAAGGCUGUGAUAGUUGUAAGUGAAGAAUCGCAUUCAGGAGUUAUUGGAUUAGUGAAUUGCAUUCGGAAAGAACCAAAAGGACAGAAUGUGAGUUGUGUCUUUGUUGAUGAUCCAACCGCUUCGAAGUUCGAUGUUGACAAUCCAAUGUACAAAAAUCAACUGCAAUUGGGAUUAGCUAUUAAUGUUUUCAAAGAUGGACAAUGGGGAAGUUAUCGCCAUCUCCAACUCAUAACAGAACGUCAAACCAUCCAACGACGUGAUCAUUGUUACGCAAAUACUCUCACAAAAGCUGAUAUCUCUUCCCUCAGUUGGUUAACAGGACCUUACAACUACACUCGUCCCAAAAACGAGCUUGCUCGUGUUCGUUACGCUUCCCUCAAUUUCCGCGACGUCAUGUUAGCUUCAGGAAAACUCAAUGCAGAAGUACUCGAUUCAGGUCGUUUGGAUCAAGAAUGCGUUUUGGGCUUCGAAUAUUCAGGAAUUGCUGAAUCAGGACGUCGUAUCAUGGGAAUGGUAAUUUCCGGAGCAAUGGCAACGUAUGUCGAAACUGACGAUACUCUCACAUGGGAAGCUCCUUCGCAUUGGACUCUCGAACAAGCAGCUACAAUUCCCGUCGUUUACGGAACAGUUUAUUCGGCAUUCUUCAUAACGGCAAAAAUCCAAAAAGGAAAGAAAAUUUUGAUUCAUGCGGGAACAGGAGGAGUUGGUUUGGCGGCAAUAAGAGUUGCUUUAGCAUACGGAUUGGAUGUUUUCACAACAGUUUCAACGGAAGAGAAGAAACGAUAUUUGCUCGAAACUUAUCCUCAGUUGAAGGAAAAUCAAAUCGGAAAUUCGAGAAAUACAUCUUUUGAGGAUAUGAUAAUGACAAUAACAAAAGGAAGAGGAGUUGACUUUGUUUUGAAUUCAUUAUCUGAAGAUAAAUUACAAGCGUCAAUUAGAUGUUUAGGAAAAGGAGGCAAAUUUUUGGAAAUUGGCAAGUUUGAUAUGGCAAACGACUCGAAAAUUGGUCUUGGCAACUUUUUGAAGGAAAUUUCUUUCCAUGCUGUGCUUGUUGAUAAUCUUUUCAGAGCUGAUUUGGAACAAAAACGGUAUUUGUACGAAAUUGUCAACGCAGACAUUCGCAAUGGAAUUGUUCAACCCUUGAAAACUACAAUUUUCGAUGCAAAUGACGUUGAACAAGCAUUCCGUUACUUGGCAAGCGGAAAACACAUGGGAAAAGUACUUUUGAAGGUUCGUGAAAAGGAUGACGACUUAACAACACUUCCCAUAACUGUCACUCCUCGCGCAUAUUUCGAUCCAAAACUCACUUACAUCAUUUGCGGCGGUUUAGGAGGCUUCGGAUUAGAAUUAGCUGAUUGGCUUGUGAUUCGAGGCGCGCGAAAACUCAUGUUAAGCUCAUCACGAGGCAUCACAAAACCUUAUCAAUCAUAUCGCAUUCGAAUUUGGGAGUCAUAUGGCGUAAAAGUUGGAAUUUCAACUGCUGAUAUUACAACUCGCGAAGGUUGCGAACAACUUAUGAUGGAAUCUAUCAAAAUAGGGCAUGUUGGAGGUAUUUUCAAUCUUGCUGUUCAACUAAGAGACAGCAUCUUCGAGAAUCAAGAUGUAACAAAAUUCAAAGAAUGCAUGGCGCCAAAAGCUGUCGCAACGAAAUUCUUGGAUGAAGUUUCACGUAAAAUGUGUCCUCGAAUCCAUCAAUUUGUAAUUUUCUCAUCUGUUUCAUGCGGGCGUGGCAAUGCGGGACAAUCCAAUUACGGGAUGGCGAAUUCUGUGAUGGAACGAAUCAUCGAGAAGCGUCACGAAAACGGUUUGUGUGCAAAAGCAGUUCAAUGGGGUGCUGUUGGCGAAGUUGGUUUAGUUGCUGACAUGCAAGAAGAUAAAUUAGAUAUGGAAAUUGGAGGAACGUUACAACAACGUAUCUCCUCAUGCUUGCAGGAACUUGAUCCGUUGUUAACUGACGAAUAUCCGAUCGUUGCGAGUAUGGUAGUUGCUGAGAAACGACACAAAGGAGGCGCUGAAGCGACAGUUAUUGAUGCUGUGAUGAACAUUAUGGCAAUUCGCGACAUAAAAACGGUAUCUCUUGAUACAACGUUAUCCGAUUUGGGCAUGGAUUCGUUGAUGGCAGUCGAAAUUAAACAAACACUCGAACGCGAAUACGAAAUAAUGUUGACUCCGCAAGAUUUGCGUUCGAUGACGUUCCAACGAUUACAUGAAUUGGCAGCGGCGCGAAAAGAUCAAGAAAUGUCUGAAGAAAUUUUGGUUAAGGAAACUGUAGUUGACAUGAGAAUUGCGGGAGGUCAAGCAAUUCUCUUGAGAAAUUAUGGCGACGAAGAAACUGCUUACGAGAGAAUGUUGCGACUUCAUUCGAAGGAUGAGAAUAAUAAUUAUCACACAGCUGCGAUCAUCGUACCGGGCGUUGAAGGCGUUUGUGGAACAGCAUAUCGCACAUUAGCGUCUCAAUUAAACGCAUCAACGUUCAUCUUGCAACUCAUGGAUACAGCUGAGAUGACAAAUUUGGCAGAAAUCACAGAAACUGUCUUCAAUGAUGUUUAUCAAGUGUUCCAAAAUGUCGAAAACUUCUAUUUAAUCGGAUAUUCCUUUGGAGCUCUUUUAACUCUUGAACUUGCUCGAAUGCUCGAAGAACGCGGAAAACCAGGACAUGUUUUGAUCAUCGACGGAUCUCCUGCUUUCCUCAAACAAAUGGUUAUUGACUCGACAGCAAAGGGACAAACUGAUGCCGAUGUCGAAGAUACUAUCAUUCGCAUUGCCGUAAUGACUUUAUUCCCUGACGAUCACUCAGAAACGAUUAAAACGAUUCUCGCACUUCCAACUUGGGAUGAACGUGUUGAUAAACUCACGGAAUUGGCAAAACCGUAUCAUUCAUACUCCGACGAAUAUGCGAAAUUAAUGGCAAAUGCUCUUUUCACGCGAGUUAAAAUCGCUUUGCAUAACGACGUUACGAAGAUAAAACCAAUUCGAUCGGGAAUAACUCUCGUACGCCCAACAGAAAUGUCUGUAAUUGACAUCGAAGAAGAUUAUGGACUUGCUGCGUAUACAGAAGGCAAGUUUAACAUGAAAUUCUUGGAAGGAAAUCACAGUACAGUGAUCGAUAAUCCAAAAAUGGCGGUUAUUAUCAACGAAUCUGAUCCCGCAGCAACUUCCGAUAAGGAUUUCGUCAAGUCUGUUUUGCUUGAAUUGAAUGAAGGUUAA